CUCUCACUCUCUUCUACUAGCGAUUGAUCAUUGCUUCCUCUGAAACUAGGUUUUUGAUCCAUUAUUCACUACAAGUUUUAAGAUUUGAUCAUGGGUAAGGAAAAGACUCACGUCAACAUUGUGGUCAUCGGACAUGUCGACUCCGGCAAGUCUACCACCACCGGACAUCUGAUAUAUAAGCUUGGAGGAAUUGACAAGCGUGUGAUCGAGAAGUUCGAGAAAGAAGCUGCUGAGAUGAACAAGCGUUCAUUCAAAUACGCAUGGGUGCUCGACAAGCUGAAGGCCGAGCGUGAGCGUGGUAUCACCAUCGACAUUGCUUUGUGGAAGUUUGAAACCACAAAGUAUUACUGCACUGUCAUCGACGCUCCCGGCCACCGUGAUUUCAUCAAAAACAUGAUCACCGGAACUUCUCAGGCCGACUGUGCCGUCCUUAUCAUCGAUUCCACCACCGGUGGCUUUGAAGCCGGUAUCUCUAAAGAUGGUCAGACUCGUGAACACGCUCUCCUCGCUUUCACCCUUGGAGUCAAACAGAUGAUUUGUUGUUGCAACAAGAUGGACGCAACUACCCCCAAGUACUCAAAGGCGAGAUACGAUGAAAUUGUGAAGGAGGUCUCAUCGUAUUUGAAGAAGGUCGGAUACAACCCUGACAAGAUCCCAUUUGUUCCGAUCUCUGGUUUCGAAGGUGACAACAUGAUCGAAAGGUCCACCAACUUAGAUUGGUACAAAGGUCCAACUCUCCUCGACGCUCUUGACGCCAUUAACGAACCCAAGAGACCUUCCGACAAGCCCCUCCGUCUUCCCCUUCAGGACGUGUACAAGAUUGGUGGCAUCGGAACUGUUCCAGUCGGUCGUGUUGAAACCGGCGUCAUCAAACCGACGAUGCUUGUGACUUUCGGUCCAUCUGGUUUGACAACUGAAGUUAAGUCCGUUGAGAUGCACCAUGAAGCUCUCCACGAAGCACUCCCCGGCGACAAUGUCGGAUUCAACGUGAAGAAUGUGUCUGUGAAAGAUCUGAAGCGUGGGUACGUUGCGUCUAACUCGAAAGACGAUCCAUGCAAGGGUGCUGCCAACUUUACUUCGCAAGUUAUUAUCAUGAACCACCCGGGACAGAUCGGAAACGGCUAUGCUCCGGUGCUCGACUGUCACACGUCGCAUAUUGCCGUGAAGUUUGCUGAAAUUUUGACAAAGAUUGAUAGGCGAUCGGGGAAGGAGCUUGAGAAGGAGCCGAAGUUUCUUAAAAAUGGUGAUGCAGGUAUGAUCAAGAUGAUUCCGACGAAACCUAUGGUGGUGGAGACGUUCUCGGAGUAUCCACCACUUGGGCGGUUUGCGGUGAGGGAUAUGAGGCAGACGGUGGCGGUGGGUGUGAUCAAGAGUGUGGAGAAGAAGGAUCCGACUGGAGCAAAGGUGACGAAAGCAGCAGCGAAGAAGGGUGGGAAAUGAAUCGUGCAGAUUAGGAUGUUGAAGAUGGGUUGUUUAGUUGGUUCGUUGAAUGAUUUUUUGAUAAUUUUGUUGCCAAUGCCGCAAACAUGGUCGGAGAACUGGGUUCUGGAUCGGCGGUGGCGAGUCUAAACUUGUGCUGCAUCUAGUAGUUUGGGUCAAUAAGCAGCUAGAAUGUUUGAGUUAGGGUUUUUUAUUUUUUUUAUUUUUUUUUGUUCUUAUGGAUUCAUAUUAAUUAAUUAGGG